AUGACUGAGAAGAUCCUGGAUUCUGGACUAGCUGUAUCGCAAAAAGUCAAGCUGUAUAACACCUGUGUCAUCCCAGCUGCGACGUAUGUACUUGGAAAUAUAUAUUCCCAAGAAUCCAGAGCAACUUCUAUGAGGAAAUGCAACGACCAGGAUAAGCUAGUCCGGAAGAUCUUAGUUGAAAAACAGCUGAAGGGUGCCACGACGACGCGGGUAUCGACCUACAUUCCAUCAUGCAAGGGAGGCCUUGGGUUAAAGUCCAUCAGAUUCGAAGCCGAGCUGCUGAUGGUGAAGAAAGGGGCCUACCUGAAGUCGCACCCGGAGAUGGGAAUGGCCAGGGAGAAGUACGAGAAACUGGCUGCCAAAGGCUGGAGAAAUCCACUAACGGAUGCGGAGUGGGUGAUGGACACCUACGGAGUGGUAGGACCAUCUGUAGAGAGAAUGCCCGAAGAGGGAUUUGGUGACUACUACCGCAGGUUGGCGAGGUGGGUAGCAUUACAACAGGAGGACCUGCUCCUCCACUUAUGGAGAUCUCUGCAUUACGGACGACUGGUAGUGCAGGAGGAAGCAGCGAUAAAAUUUCCAGCAGUCAAUUCCUUCAAGAUGGAGGACUGGAUUGCCAGGAGAACCCUGGAAGCUGCAGAGGAGCAGGUCCAUGGCCUUGGAUCCAUUACAGGGGCUCCAUGCCGAUUGGGAUGCCAGAACACCGAGACUGCCUACCACGUGAUAGCUGCUUGUGGGAGGCAGACUCACCCAGCCAGACACGAUACAGCAGUCAGUUGGAUAAUAAAGACCAUCCUGGAGGCAACGAAAGCCCCUGAGGACGUAAAGCUCAGGGCUUUCAAAGCGCGAGCCUCGCUUGUCACUGAGUACCUGUGGGAGGAGCGCAAAGUUGAGAUCUGCGCGGGACCAAGAGUCGUGGUAGACAUCAACCUGCACCACAAUCGCCCGGACAUGAUGAUCAAGCUUUCGAACCCAGCUGAGAUCUUCGUGCUAGAGGUGGCAGUAUCCCACCUGCAGAACAUCCGGCUCCAGGAGCGCAUCGACCGGGCCCGAUACAACAUCAAUUCGACGGUCGAAAUCUCCGAGAACAACCUGGAGGAGGUCACGCGGGGUGAAAACCUUGUAGAUGCGCUCCAGAGAAAGCAUAAGUGCCCAGCAAAGUUGGGUAUCCUGGUGUUUGGAGCGCUGGGCGAGGUACUGGACACUAAGGAGCUCAAGAACAGCGCGAAUAUCUUAAAAAAGCUGGGAAUGACUGAGAGGAAAAUUGACAUCAUGCUCUCGAACAUCGCCCUGUCCAUGGCGAAGGCCAGUGCCCAAAUCCUGCUACAAAGAGUGAGGACAGAACACCGGGGAUGA